AGAAGCAGAGGGAGAAAAAAAACAGAGGGGUAGCAGAGGAGCAACCAAUCGCGAGAGAGAAGGAAGGUUGAGGAAGAGGAGGAGGAGGAGGAGGAAGAAGAAGACGAGAUGGAGAGAGAUGAGGUGUGCUGUUCUUGCGCCAUGAGGCAGUGCAGGAUCUGCCAUGAGGAGGAGGAGGAAGGGUGCACCGCCAUGGAGUCCCCCUGCGGAUGCUCUGGCUCCCUCAAGUACGCGCACAGGGGGUGUGUGCAGAGAUGGUGCGAUGAGAAGGGGAGCACGCUCUGCGAGAUUUGCCUUCAGAAUUUCGAACCAGGCUACACUGCUCCUCCCAAGAAAGCUCAACCUGCCCAUGUCGCAGUGACCAUCAGAGAGAGCCUUGAGGUUCCCAGGCCAAGCUACGAGCCGGAGGACACGCCGUUGAUCGGCGAGCAGGAUUACGCCGAGUGCGCCGGAGCGGCCGGCAGGAGCGCCACCUGGUGCAGAUCGGUGGCCGUCACGUUCACGGCUGUUCUGCUGCUGAGGCAUCUCGUCGCUGUCGUGACGGUCGGAGCUGCACACCAGUACGCCUUCAGCCUCUUGACGAUAUACUUGCUCCGGGCUAGUGGAAUCUUGCUGCCGUUCUACGUCGUCAUGAGGCUCAUCUCCACGGUUCAGAAGGGUCAGAGGCAAUACCAGCUGCAGCUGCUCCAGGAGCAAAGGAGAAAUGCAGCUAGAAUGCACAGGUUGCAUGGUCAAGAAGAACAAAAUCAACAUGCCAUUCUUGUCCGGUGAACAAAGAAUGAAGUGGUUCUCCUGUAGAAAAGACUGCAAAAUUGUAUUAUUACUGAUGGGAAAAGGAAAAUAAACAUUGUUCAUAAGCUUUCCACUAUAUGUACAUGUCCACAUUUGUUGCAAAGAUGAUUACACCAGAGCUUUGAGUACUACCAGAAUCAUGUCAUAAUCCACCUCCAAAUAAACAGAACAAUUUUUUUUUCUUGCCAA